AAAAUAAAUUACGAAAUAAAAUUGAAGGUUUUAUCUUUUUAAAAACUUCAAAGAAAUAUAAAUUUUUAUUUCAGCAAAUUAAACUUCUUAUCCGCAAUUGACACACUGAUUAAAGCCAUUGAUACUACACUUCUCUCUCUCUCUCUCUCUCUCUCUCUCGUAUUUGUUUCUCUCUCUAAGCGUUUGAAAAUUCUUAUGAAUCUUUAUUCUACAAUAAAGAAAAUUGAAGGUUUUAUCAGAGAGAUGAGUUACAGCGUUUCUGAAACUACGUUUCUGGGAGAGCUUUGAAGGGCGUCGCGUGCCAUUCAAUUUUGAAUGUCAAUGACCAAAAAGGUCUCAAUGUUUUAUGUUAAUUACGAGAUCAUUCCCUACCGUUACGAGCGCACAGAACGCCCUGUAUUUUUGGGAAAAUUGCAUACCCUCCGUAUCUCUCAGAAUCAUAUUAUUUAUGAUCAAAAUCAUAUUAUUUACGGGAUUGUAUACAAUAUAAUACUAUUUAUUUUUUGUGCAAGGAUGAAUAAUUAUUUUUAACCAUUCGAUGUGAAAUCCAAUUGAUGAAAUUGGUCGUGAUAUUCGAUAAAUUUUAUUUUGGACACUGCACUUAAAUAAUAAUAUAUCUUUAAUCACUCGAUUUUAAAUCUAACGGUCAAUAACAACUGUGACAUCCUUAUAUAAUCAAUAAAUAGUUUCAUUGUAUGCAUUUCUAUUAUUAUUUCUUCUAGUUUUAUAUUUAAUUUUGUAAAUUUAAAAUUUGGAAUGAGGGAGAAAUAGAGCAUGUGUUUAGUGGUCUUAUAAACUUUUUUCUUUUACAGUCCAUGAAAUUAAUUUUAAAUAUAAAGGUUAUUUUAGAUAUUAUUGCGCAAAUUGAGAGGUAUUUUAGUCCUAUUUAUUUAUAGAAUUGGUUGGGAAAAGAUGAUGACGGUCGAUGAUCAUUUAUUUCCUGUAACUUAUAUUUUUUUUUCAUCUUUUUAUAUUUUUUUAUUCCAGCGUCGGAUCGUUUUGUAUAUUAAUGUAAAUACAGGGAGGGUUUUCGUCAUUUGCGCUGUUUUUUUUUUAAUCCUUGUUUCCGGUAAAUGUGAAAAAAGGAUUCGUUAGAGAGAGAGAGGGGGAGAGAGGCGCAGUCUGCAGUUUCUACACAGAGAGAGGAGAGAGAAGUACACUGUGCUCUUUCUGGGGCAGUGAGGGAGGCUCACUGUAUAAUAUUUAGACAGAGAGAGAGAGAGUAGGACACUGUCAGAUAUCUAGAGUGAGAGAGAGGCACACUGUCUGCUCUUUCUGACCAUCACAAUUAUGUGAAUAUUUAAAGUGCCUGAAAUAGCAGGCAUACUUUAUUAUUAAUAUAAAUUAAAUAGCAGGCCUUUUGUCUUGUGAGGGAUCAGGUGGCUUCCUUCGAGGUUCACUCUCUCCACUCUCUUAGAUCUGGUAAGAAAUCUGUUGAAAAUGUUGACUUGCAUUGCUUGUUCAAAACAUUUUGAUGGCUCUUUGCGUGAUGCUGAAGAAGAUGAGGCCGCAACCCCCAAUACUAAAGAAGCAGUCAAAACUCUUACAGCUCAGAUCAAGGACAUGGCAUUGAAGGUUUCUGGGGCAUACAGGCACUGUAAACCUUGCAGCACUUCUAGUGGCUAUGGAAAGGGGCACCAUCACUAUGUUGAUUCAGAUAUUGGGUCAGAAGGUUUUCGCUAUGGCUAUCACAGAACCGGAAGCUCAAGCUCCACACCGAGGUUGGGAAAAGAGCAUAGUUUAUUUGUUGAUUCUAGGAUUAAAGGGAUUUCUAGUGGAGAAGUAACACCAAGGGUCGACUCCAUGGGCAUGUCGAGGCAAGAGGUGCUGUUCAUGGAGGAAGAGGAACCCAAAGAAUGGGUUGCUCAAGUUGAACCAGGGGUGCUCAUCACCUUCAUAUCAUUGCCUCAGGGUGGCAAUGAUCUCAAGCGCAUUCGCUUUAGCCGCGAAAUGUUCAACAAAUGGCAAGCCCAGAGGUGGUGGGCAGAGAACUUUGACAAGGUGAUGGAGCUUUACAAUGUCCAUAAAUUCAAUCGCCAGACUGUCCCCCUGCCCACUCCCCCCAGGUCGGAAGAUGAGAGUUCAAAAAUGGAGUCAGCUGAGGAUAGCCCUGUUACCCCUCCUCUAAAUGGUGAACGAUUACCUCGAAACUUCCAACGGCCUGGAGGGGGCUUGAUGAGUUAUUCAUCAUCCGACUCCAUGGAGCAUCAUCAUCAUGCAUCAUGCCAUGCUCGGCAAUAUGAUUGUGGGCUUGCCUCCACCCCAAAUCUAUCAGGCAUUAGCGCAAAGACAGAGAGAAGUUCAUCCAUGGAUGCCUCACGAACAAGCUCAUCAAGGGAUGCAGAUAGGUCAGAUGAGGUCUCAGUCUCGGCGAGCAAUGUGAGUGAUCAAGAGAUGGAAUGGGUAGAGCAAGAUGAGCCCGGUGUGUACAUCACCAUCCGAUCAUUACCUGGCGGGGGGCGCGAGCUAAGGCGUGUUAGAUUCAGCCGAGAAAGGUUUGGAGAGAUGCAUGCAAGGCUUUGGUGGGAGGAGAACAGGACCAGGAUACACGAGCAAUACUUGUAAAACUCCAAAAAUUCAUGGGAGAUUUCUUCCCUUCCUUUCUGUGAAUUCUCUCUCUGACCCCACUCUUUUGUGUAAUAUCUCUUAGGUGGGGUCUUGGUUUCUCUUGGGUUGUGCUUCCUCUCUCUAGGAUCUCUUCAAAAUCGGUUGGUGAAGGGGAAAAAGGGGGCAAAAAAAAAAUGGGGUGACCACUUUUAAGGUCUGGUGUGGGGUUAUUAUGGUCAUUUAUCUCUUGCCAAUAGUGCAAGGGUGUGGGCAUUAUGGCCAUUUAAUGGUUGUGCAAAUUUUCCCUCUCUCUUUCUUUUUCUUUUUUGCUAUUGUGAUUUGGUGAAAGGGGAUGUGUGGUUAUUCUGGAAAUUAUUUAUUUUGGUGAUUGGUGUGGGGUAUAGUUAUGUGAAUGGUUUCAAAAUCCCAUUGAGAAGUCUCUCUCUCUCAGCACUUGUAGUUGUGUUAAUGGUUUCAAAUUUUCUUUAA